AUGGCCGACACAAAGGUCUACCGGGCCAGCACCACGGCGCCCGUCAACAUUGCCGUCGUCAAGUACUGGGGCAAACGCGACACCAAGCUCAACCUCCCGACCAACAGCUCCCUCUCCGUCACCCUCUCCCAGGCCGACCUGCGCACCCUGACGACCGCCUCGUGCUCCGCCGCCUUUGCCCACGGCGACACCCUGACCCUCAACGGCGAGCCCUCGGACGUCGCCGGCCCCAGGACCCAGGCAUGCUUCCGUGAGCUGCGUGCCCGCCGAGCCGCCCUCGAGGCCGCCGACCCGUCGCUUCCCAAGCUGUCCAGCAUGGCGCUGAGCAUCGUCUCCGAGAACAACUUCCCCACGGCCGCCGGGCUUGCGUCGUCGGCCGCGGGCUUCGCCGCCUUCGUCCAGGCCAUUGCGAACCUGUACGAGCUGCCCGACUCCCCGUCCCAGCUUAGCAUUAUCGCGCGCCAGGGCUCCGGCUCGGCCUGUCGGAGCUUGUUUGGCGGCUACGUCGCCUGGAGGGCCGGCGACAAGCAAGACGGCAGCGACUCCAUGGCCGACCUGGUGGCCCCCGCCUCGCACUGGCCCAACAUGCGAGCCCUCAUCCUCGUCGCCAGCGCCGCGAAAAAGGGCGUCUCGUCCACCGCGGGUAUGCAGCAGACGGUUGCCACGUCGGGCCUGUUCCAACACAGAGUAGCGAGCGUCCCCGCCAGCAUGGUUGCCAUGGAGCAAGCAAUCAAGCAGCGCGACUUUGCCGUCUUUGCCGAGGUGACGAUGCGUGAGUCCAACUCAUUCCACGCCUGUUGUGCCGACACGUACCCGCCCAUCUUCUACAUGAACGACGUCUCCAGGGCCGCCAUCCGCGCCGUCGAGGCCAUCAAUGCCGCGGCCGGCAAGACGGUGGCGGCCUACACCUUUGACGCCGGGCCAAACUGCGUCGUCUACUACCUCGACGAGGACGCGGCGGCGAUUCUGGGGGCCUUUUCAGCCGUCCUUGGCGGCGUCACAGGCUGGAAAUACGGCUCUGCUGGCACGGUGUCGAGCGUGAAGCUGGACGGCGGCAUCGCGAGCAUGCUGAGGGACGGCGUGAGCAGGGUGAUUAUGACGGGCGUUGGCGAGGGCCCGGUGAAGACGGAGGAACAUUUGGUUGCGGAGGAUGGCCAGCCGGUGAAGAGGUAG